GGUAGCUGUGGUUCACACACUCCCCCACUAAACACACACCAUGCCCACGUUAGCGCCGAGAUGAGCGUCUCUCUCGGGAUUUUCAGCUGGCCCGGGCCUCACGCUACCCUGUCGCCUUCCUCCCACGAGCUGGCGGGGCCUCUCCUUCCCAGGGCCAGACCUAGAUUUGGCCUCUAGUGACAGCACCGACCCCCUCCUCCACCUUCCGCCCCGCCGCCCCCGCACUACAUUUCCCAGCAUGCCCCGGGGAGUCCCUCUCCACCCCCACCCCCCAUAGGUUGAUGUCCCCGCCCCCACCCCCACCCUGAGAAUGAAUGGAGUGGCCGCCAGGGCCAGGGCGCUGCAGACCCUGGAGCUCUGAGGUGACCGGGGCCAGGGUCGGGCCAGGUGCAAGAUGGCCACGGUCAACCCCAGCCCCGUCCGGUGGUGAGCCCGGCACCUCCGCCCCUUCCCAUCCUGCAGGGCGGGGGCUGCAGAGCGUGUGUGUCGGAGUGGGAUUGUGUGUGUGUGUGUGUGUGUGUGUCGGGGGUGGGGAUUGUGCUUGUGUCUCCUGUAUUUGUAGUGGUCGUCUGUGUGCUUGUCUCGUGUGCCUGUGGGUAAUGGAGAUUCGUGUGGUUGGGCAUUCAUCUUGUGGCUUGGUCUUAUGGGAAUCUUCAAGUGGCAUUGUGUUAAUCUGUGUAGUCAACAACAGUCCAGCGACCGCCGAGCGACCACCUACUGUGUGCCAGGCCUCCGGCGUGGCUGUCAUUCGGGGUGCCUCAGUGUCUUCAUCUGUCAAAUGGGGAUGCGAAUUCCUCCGCUCCGGGUCUCCGUUCCAGAGGAGACGGAGGAAUUGCUCGGUGUCAGUGUGUGAUUUCGUGACCCCUUGACCCGUAUUUGUGGUUGCGUGUCUGAAACAAUGGGAUCGCCGAAGCCAUCUCCAAAAUUCCUUCCGUUUCGGAGCCUGGGCGAGGAAUUCUACCGCGAGGCCAUCGAACACUGCCGCAGCUACAACGCGCGCCUGUGCGCCGAGCGGAGCAUGCGCCUGCCCUUCCUCGACUCGCAGACCGGGGUGGCCCAGAACAACUGCUACAUCUGGAUGGAGAAGACCCACCGCGGGCCUGGUCUGGCCCCUGGACAGAUCUACACUUAUCCGGCCCGCUGCUGGAGGAAGAAGCGGAGACUCAACAUCUUGGAGGACCCCAGGCUCCGGCCCUGCGAGUACAAGAUCGACUGUGAAACACCCCUGAAGAAGGAGGGGGGUCUCCCCGAAGGGCCAGUCCUAGAGGCCCUACUAUGUGCAGAGACAGGAGAAAAAAAGAUAGAACUGAAGGAAGAAGAAACCAUCCUGGACUGUCAGAAGCAACAGAUGCUGGAAUUUCCCCAUGAGCUGGAGGUGGAAGAUUUGGAAGAUGACAUUCCCCGCAGGAAGAACAAAGCCAAGGGGAAGGCGUAUGGCAUCGGGGGGCUUCGGAAACGCCAAGACACGACCUCCCUGGAGGACAGGGACAAGCCGUAUGUCUGCGAUAUCUGCGGAAAACGCUAUAAGAACCGCCCAGGUCUGAGCUACCACUACACCCACACCCACCUGGCAGAAGAGGAGGGCGAGGAGAACGCGGAACGGCACGCCCUGCCCUUCCACCGGAAAAACAACCACAAGCAGUUUUACAAAGAACUGGCUUGGAUUCCCGAAGCCCAAAGAAAGCACACAGCCAAGAAGGCUCCAGAUGGCACAGUCAUUCCCAAUGGCUACUGCGACUUCUGUCUGGGCGGCUCCAAAAAGACGGGGUGUCCCGAGGACCUCAUUUCCUGUGCCGACUGUGGCCGAUCGGGUCACCCUUCCUGUUUACAAUUCACCGUGAACAUGACAGCAGCCGUGAGGACAUACCGCUGGCAAUGUAUUGAAUGCAAAUCCUGCAGCUUGUGUGGCACUUCGGAGAACGAUGACCAGCUGCUUUUCUGUGAUGACUGUGACCGUGGCUACCACAUGUACUGCCUGAGCCCCCCCAUGGCCGAGCCCCCGGAAGGAAGCUGGAGCUGCCACCUGUGUCUUCGGCACCUGAAGGAAAAGGCGUCGGCCUACAUCACCCUGACCUAGGCCUGGCCCUCGGCCACCCGUCCUCCCGGACCCUGUGCCCCCCUCCCCGGGACGGGGCCCACAAUGGGCCGGGGGCUUCCCUUCCCCCACAGAGGGGAGUUUGUGCCAGCUGUGGCCUCCCUCCCCCGGGUGGGGGAAGCCAGCCCUGCCUCCGCUCCUGGGUAGUGGGUGCUAGGGGUGCUGCUCUCCUCAAAGCCAUAACCCGCCUCUGGGCGGGCACUAGGGGGCGGGCACCGGCUAGGGAGUGGUAGGGGCACAGAGGGAGCCUUUUUCUAGAGAAAAAGAAAAAGUUUAAAAAAAGACAAAGUAAUAUAUACAGAGACCUAUAGGAUUUGGUGGGCCUGGAUGGUGGGCACUCCCCGAGCUCCCACUGGGCACGGGCCUGUGCUGACUUCCUUGUCCUGGGGAAGCUGGGGGCCCGCCCCCGCAGCAGGCACCGUUUCCCACCUCACGCUCUGGGCGGGCGGGCACCACGCUCGCUCCUCUUCAGCCUGCCCCUGCCCCUUCCCGUGGUGCCCGCCGUGGGCGUUGCAUGAUGUGAACCAUGGUUUUUAAAGUCCUGUUCCCCUUGCCCCCCUCCUUGUGCCCGCUCCCCCAUGCCCACUGCAAACUGUGGGCAGGGGCCGGGCAAGGCGGGCCCCGGCGCUCGCCAGAAUGAGAAGCACAGAGUUUGCACCCGGACUGGUUUUAUUUUCUCCCCAUCCUUAUCCCCUCGCCAGGCAAGGACCAGGCCCCUUGGCAAGGGGGGGUCCCUUGAACCCCGAUGCCCAUCUCAAGGGCGGUUGGCGAGGGGGGCAGCUGUUUCUUGUGGUCGUGUGUGUUUAAUUGUUGGGGUAUCCAGAAGACACUGGGGUUCCCGGGCAAGUGGGCAAGGCCAGGGAGAGGGGGGUCCUGGGGGGCCAGGGCGCCAUGGGCUGGCCCUGGCUUCCUGGCACCAUGGCCCCAUCCCCCCAGCUCCCUGUCCGGCCCGACUCCCCCUUGCCUGCCUCUACUGUGGAUCACCCUGUUCUAUGUAUUAAAUCGGGCCUGGCCCUGCUGUG